UGGGGCCGUUCGGUGGUUUCAGGGCUGUCCGAUGCCACUUCCCCUCUGUCACCGGCACCCUGGGGCCACUGCGUCCCCUGUCCUGUGUCCUGUCAUGGGAUACCUCCCCCCCACCGCGUGCCUCUGGGUGCUGUGCCACCUCCUGAGCCACCUCCCUGCCACUGAGGGUGACCAGAGACUGUCCUGUGGUCCCCACUUCUGCUCCACCAGCAGCUGCUGCCUGCAUCAGUGGGUGGAGAGUCUGGAGGGGAAAGCCUGGGCCUGUGGGUGCCCCCCCGGCACGGCCCCCAUCGCCCAGAACUCCAUCAUCUCCUGCCAGGCGCUUGACCCCAAAGUAGGGUCCUGUAAAUUUCCCAUCCUGGAGGAGGCCAGAAGGGCAUGCGGAGACCCCAAGAGCCCGGCGGGGGCCACCACCUGCGCCCGCCUGCUGGCCACCCAGCAGCUCCUGGACGCCGCCUGCACCCAGCCCACGGCAGCCAAGCUGCAGAACACGCUGAACCAGCUGCAGGCAGAGGCCCUCAAGGAUCUCCGUUCCACCACCACCGAGCUGCUGCUGCAGAGCACCGAAGCCCUCGUGCUGCAGGCAGCCCUCCAGCACCCUGGCUCCGGCCCCCAACGCUUCAACACCUCCACCAUGGAGGCCGUGGUGGAGGUGGUACACAGUGACGGCUGCCCCCAGACCACGCUGAUGCUGGUGGUAAGCGAGGAGAGCCUGACCAUCAGUUGCCAGGAGGUGGUGAGCGAUGCCCAGGCAGUUCUCUGGGCAGGCAAGCACGCGGUGGCCUUUAUUGUCUACAAGGAGGUGGAGAAGUUGCUGGGUGGCACCACAGAGCUGCGCCAGGGGAGGCUCAACUCCCGCGUGGUCGGCGGCACCAUGGGGACACCUAACAUCACCUUCGAAGUCGCCUUCAACAUCACCCUGCAGCACCACACGGCACCGCAGGCGGGCGAGGAGCCGCACUGCAUGUCUUGGCAGAAGUUGGGCACCGAGAACCACUGGACACCUUCAGGUUGCACCCGCAUCGGGGGUGACAACCUCCGCUCCGUCUGUGCCUGCACCCACUUCUCCACCUUCGCCAUCCUCAUGGCCAUCCACCCCGUUACGGAAAGCUACGCGCUGUUGGUGGUGACCUACGUGGGGAUGUCGGUGUCACUGGUCUGCCUCUUCCUGGCCAUCAUCACCUUCCUCCUGUGCCGCUCACUCUGGAGUAUCAGCGUCACCCUCCACCUGCACCUCAGCAUCUGCCUCUUUGCUGCUGACCUCCUCUUCCUCGUGGCCGUGCCCCACACCACCAACCAGCUAACGUGCGCCAUCACAGCGGGCUUCCUCCACUACCUCUUCCUCGCCUGCUUCGCCUGGAUGUUCCUGGAGGGUUUGCACCUCUUCCUCACCAUCAGAAACCUGACCGUCCUCAACUACACCAGCGCCAGUCGCUUCAGGAAAAGAUACAUCUACCCUGCAGGCUACGGCACGCCGGCCAUCGUGGUAGCCAUCUCCGCCGCUGUCCAUCCUGGUGGCUACGGCACUGAGCACUACUGCUGGCUGAGCAUGAAGGGAGGUUUCAUCUGGAGUUUCCUCGGUCCUGUCUGUGUCAUCAUCCUGGUUAAUUUGUUAUUUUUUCUCACCACCCUCUGGAUUCUACGGGACAAACUUUCCUCCCUCAAUGCUGAUGUCACAGCCCUAAAAAGCACCCGGCUGAUGACAUUCAAGGCACUGGCACAGAUCUGUAUCCUGGGCUGCACAUGGGGUCUGGGCUUGCUGCAGGCGCAGGGGGACAAUAUAGUAGUGGCCUUCAUCUUCACCAUCGUCAACAGCCUACAAGGAGCUUUCAUCUUCCUUGUGCACUGCGUCCUCAACCGGCAGGUGACGGAGCAGUACCGGCGCUGGUUUAGGGUGCUGGGGCAACGAGAGCACCCCCAUGAGAUGCCCACCACCGAGAUGCAGAUCAGCUAUGUCAUGCAUGGCCCUUUUUCACCCCCAGGAAGGGGAGAGGCCGAACAGCCACGGCACCAAGGGCUGCACGUGGCAGAAGUGACACCGGGUGCCUCCAGGACUGACCCAUUCCCGGCACAUCCAACCCAUUUCCAGCAGUUUUCUAGCACAUCUGACCCAUUCCCAGCAUAUUUUCUGUCAUUCCAACCCGUUUUCCCAGUCAUCCUGCUGAUCUGACCCAUUUCCAGCAUUUUUUUUCCCCUGCAGAACAACCUGGUUUUAGCAUUUUCCCCACAGGUCUCACCCAUUUCCAGCAUUUUCUGGCAGAACAAGGCAUUUACAGCAUUUUUUUCCCCACAUAUCUGACCCAUUUUCCAGAUUUUUCCCCCCAGAAAUGACUGCUUUCCAGCAUUUUCCCUUAGAAACAAUUUGUAUCCAUCUGCUUCCACCCAGGACUGAACAAUUUCCUGCAUUUUCCCAUGAACAACCAUUUUCCAUGAAGAUUUGACCCAUUGCCAGCAUUUUCUCCAAGAAAUUACUAUUUUCCAGUAUCUUUCCACCAAGACUGAGUCCCUUUUCCAUGGACCAAUCUAUUUCCAGCGUUCUUCCCAUGGUUUUGACUGAUUUCCAGCAUUUUUCCUGCAGGCUUGACCCUUUUCCACCACUUUCUCUAAGGAAAAACCAGUUUUCCAUCAUUUUUACAUGGAAUGUCCCAUUUCCAGUACUUUUCCUGCAGAUUUGACUCAUUUCCAGAAUUUUCUCCAAGGAUCGACUCAUUUUCAACAUUUACCCCCAAAAUGCUUGACCCAUUUCCAGCAUUUUUCCAUGGAAUGACCUGUUUCCCACAUUUUUUCAGCAGUUGUGCCCCACUUCUCCAGCUGCUUCCCUCCAUGACCGCCCUAUUUCCAGCAUUUUCCUGCAGAAUGACGCAUUUCCAGUAUUUUUCCAUUGAAUGAUCCCUUCCCAGCAUUUUCUUCAAGGGUCGACUCAUUUUCAGCAUUUUCCUCUCCAACACAACUAAUUUCCAGCUUUUUUCAUGGAGCGACCCAUUUCCAGCAUUUUCCUGCAGAAUGACACGUUUCCAGCAGUUUCCCCAAGGACUGACUCAUUUUCAGCAUUUUCCCCCUCAGCACUUGACCCAUUCCCAGCAUUUUUUCACAAAAUGACCCAUUUCCCACAUUUUUCCAGCAGUUGUGCCCCAUUUCUCCAGCUGCUUCCCUCCAUGAUUGCCCCAUUUCCAGGAUUUUCCUGCAGAAUGACACAAUUCCCAGCAUUUUCUCCAAGGAUUGACUCAUUUUCAGCAUUUUCCCCUCCAACACUCAACUAGCUUCCAGCUUUUAUCCAUGGAACUAUCCCUUCCAUCAUUUUCCCCAAGGAUUGACUCAUUUUCCUCAUUUCCCCCCUCCAACACUCAAUUCAUUCCCAGCAUUUUUCCCUGAGGAUCGACUCAUUUUCAGCAUUUUCCCCCUCAGCACUUGACUCAUUUCCAGCAUUUUUCCACAAAACAACCCAUUUCCCGCAUUUUUUCCAGCAGUUGUGCCCCAUUUCCCCAGCUGUUUCCCUCCACGACCGACCCAUUCCCAGCAUUUUCUUCAAGGAUUGACUCAUUUUCAGCAUUUUCUCCCCCUCAGUGCUUGACUAAUUUCCAGCAUUUUUUCCACAAAACGACCCAUCUCCCACAUUUUUCCAGCAGUUCUGCCCCAUUUCUCCAGCUGCUUUCCUCCACGACCAACCCAUUUCCACUGUCUUCCUGCAGAAUGACACAUUCCCAGCAUUUUCUCUGAGGGUCGACUCAUUUUCAGCAUUUUCCCCCUCAGCGCUUGACUAAUUUCCAGCAUUUUUCCACAAAACGACCCAUCUGCAUUUUUCCAGCAGUUGAGCCCCAUUUCUCCAGCUCCUUCCCCCUACAACUGCCCCAUUUCCAGCCUUUUCCUGCCGAACGGCCCCUUCCCAACCUGUUUUCCCUCAGGAUCGCCCUGUUUCGGGCCUUCUCCGGCCUCCUUCGUCCUGAGGCUCUAGUGGGAUUUUUUGGGUAGGAAAAAGCUGAUUAAAGGCACGUGGCUCAUC